CGGCGAGGUCCGGAGUACGGUGGCUGCAGUGUUGCCGCGGCGGCGGUUCGGACUCGGCCGGGCAGGGGCGGCGGGGCCGGGCGUCGCCAUGGGCAACCUGUUCGGCCGCAAGAAGCAGAGCCGGGUCACGGAGCAGGACAGGGCCAUCCUGCAACUGAAGCAGCAGCGGGACAAGCUGAGGCAGUACCAGAAGAGGGUCACUCAGCAGCUGGAGCGCGAGCGGGCCAUCGCCGGGCAGCUCCUGCGGGAUGGCAAGAAGGAGCGGGCCAAGCUGCUGCUCAAGAAGAAGCGGUACCGGGAGCAGCUCCUAGACAAGACCGAGAACCAGAUCACCAGCUUAGAGACGAUGGUUCGGAGCAUCGAGUUCACCCAGAUCGAGAUGAAGGUGAUGGAAGGGCUGCAGUUUGGAAAUGAAUGUCUGCGCAAGAUGCACCAGGUGAUGUCCAUAGAGGAGGUGGAGAGGAUCCUGGACGAGACCCAGGAGGCCGUGGAGUACCAGCGGCAAAUAGAUGAGCUGUUGGCAGGAAGCCUCACCCAAGAGGACGAAGACGCCAUCUUAGAGGAGCUGGAUGCCAUCACUCAGGAACAGGUAGAGCUUCCGGAGGUCCCCGCGGAGCCCCUUCCCGACAGGAUCCCAGAAAAAGUCCCCGUCAAGGCUAAGCCCAGGCAGGCGGAGCUGGUGGCAGCAUCAUAACCCACCCCUCAUCGGACCUGUGGGACGUCCCCAGGGACUGUGGCCACUGAGAGCUGGGUGUGUGGCCAGCCCCAGGCCAGGCUCCAGGCGGCGGCGGGCAGAGCGGCUCUCACGGGGCGUGUGCAUCGAGAUGACCUGGCCGAGCACCGUCCCUUAGGCUGUGAACUCCAAGUGCGCCUUACUGGUGCUCUCUUGCUCUCAGCU